GCUUAGUUUCAAAGCCAUCACCUCAAAGUUUAUUUUUCAGAUAUAACAUUGAAUUAGUAUCAUCGACCUUUGGCUUUAAGAUAUUUGCAUGCUUACUGGGUAGCCCCUGGUCUGCCUUUUUCACCCAUAAGAAGAAGAAAAUGGAUAUGCUUUAGAAAAAGGAAAUAAGAUGGUAUACUGUUUUACUGUAUGUCUGGUAAGAUUCACUACUCUCUAUUAAUGUGCACACCUGGAGAUCUUUUAAAAAAGGAAUAGAAUCAGGGACCAGAAGAUUAUCUUAAUUGCCAUCAUGGAUGAUUGUUCAAAUGGACGAUCAUGAUUUGAUCAAAGGGGUACAUUAGCCUGUGUGUUUCCCACCUACCAAACUGUGAACAAGUUGACCCCAAGUGGUCACCGUGUUCUUUUUUUUUCUUUUAACAAACUCAUUUAAGAUUGCUGCAGUUCUGAAUGUCUCAGUCAUUGAUGCGCAGAAAUGGGACUCUGCCACUCGAUUUAACUUUACCCUAAAUAGGAAAAAGGAAACUAUCAGAGGUUAAAAGGCACAGCAGCCUAGGCAAAAGCUGUGGAGUUCUUCUGAUUCAUAGGUCUCUUAGACCCAAAACAGGCAGCUGUUAUCCGUAGCUAAUACAACCCCACAAUCUUCAAAAUAGUGUUAUAUUAGUGGAAUGAUUUGAAGGGGGAGGGAAGAGAGAUGUGUACUUGCUUGUGAGGAGAAGCAACACUGCAAUAGGCUAGAAGGGAAAAGGGUUUUCUUGAAGUUGAGUUGUCACUUAGGAGUGAAAUUGGUUAAGCUUUUAAGCUUCUUUUUUUUUUUAAACCAUAUGACAAGAAAAGAGAAUCAUUUGCUUGUGAAGCAAUAUUUCCAUGCCAUGGCAAGAUAAGGAGGAGAGUUGAGUGGAGAAAAAUCCAAGAAAUACUAGAGGUUGUUAAGCCUCUUUUCUUUUUUUGACUUUGGGAAGUGGGAUUUAGUAUUUUCCAGGCAUUUCCCACACCACUUUAUAUUCCCCCACCAUUCAUUCCUCUCUCACAUGCCAUCAUAAUUAGUCAAUCAACAUCAUCACCAUUUGAGGGUUUUGAAGAUAUGGAGGGAAGGUUGUUUUGUUUUCUGUUGGCUCUUCAAAUAGUAAGAUGGACUUGUGCCACUAGCAGGCCUUUAGCACCAAUUGAUGGUUUUGGUGUUCAUCAACCAGGCCAGAAGAACCCAGAGCCAUUACAAGUUCCAUUUAGCUCAAAAGAAAUGUCUCUGCAGAGUUCUAAAAGCAAGGAAAGAAGCGGUGUCACAUUUGAAGAAGCAAAGGCUGAAGGGGUAAGUAAACUGGGGAUAGGGUCAAGCCCUCCAAGUUGUGAACGCAAAUGCUAUGGCUGCACCCCGUGUGAAGCCAUUCAAGUGCCUACCACAAGCAAACGAAUCCAUGUGGAUUUACAGUACGCAAAUUAUGAGCCUGAGAGUUGGAAAUGCAAGUGUGGUCCUACCUUUUACAACCCAUGAACUAAAACCACGUACUCACACUGCUUUAGACUUCACCAUAUUUUCUCCUCUUUCUGUUGAGUCAGAUGAUUUUUCUUAACCAUUUGUACAAAAGGAAAAAAAAAAAAACUAAAUUCAAUUUGUCCCUAAAAGGUUAGCCUUUGUUGCAAUGCUUUACUUACAGAUGAUUCCAAGUCCUUUGCACGUUUCAGUUUAAAUAUUUUAGACUGAGACUUGUGGGGAAUAUAUAUUGUCAACUUACGAUAUACCGACAAGAGAAUGUUUUCUUCAAACAAAAUGAAAAACAGAUCAACAUGA